AUGACGGGCUUCAACUGCUCCUUUACCGCCCAGCUCGUUGGCGACCUGCCCCUCGUUGGACUCAACUCUAGCUGGGACGACUCUGCCAGCGCCAACUCCGAGGUCCCGGCCAUCGAAGACUCUUGGGAUUACAAGAAGCGACCCAUCCGCGGCGUCAACCUCGGAGGCUGGCUCUCUCUCGAGCCCUUCAUCACCGCCUCGCUUUUCGACUACGACGCUAGCAAGGGCGUUGUGGACGAGUACACGCUCUGCAAGCAUCUGGGUGCCAAAAAGGCCGCUGAGACACUGGAGAAACAUUACGCCACCUUUAUUACCGAGGCUGACUUUAAGGCCAUUGCUGAUGCCGGUCUCGACCACCUCCGUAUUCCAUUCUCGUACUGGGCUGUGCGUACCUACGAGGGUGACCCGUACGUCCCCAACAUCUCGUGGCGCUAUCUUCUCCGCGGCAUCGAGUGGGCCCGCAAGUACGGUCUUCGUGUCAAGCUUGACCUCCACGGCCUCCCUGGCAGCCAGAACGGCUGGAACCACAGCGGACGCUCCAGCCAGAUCAACUUCAUUUCCGGUCCUGACGGCGCCAAGAACGCGGAGCGCGCCCUCGAUAUUCACCGCCAGCUUGCCACCUUUUUCGCUCAGGACCGUUACCGCAACGUUGUCGCCUUUUACGGCCUCGGAAACGAGCCCGGCUUUGCUCUUCCCCUCGAUGACUUGGAGGAGUGGACCGUCGCCGCUAUCAAGGUCGUUGCCGAUGCUGGCAUUCAGGUCCCCCAGAUUUUCAGUGACUCGAUGCGCGGGCUCCCGACAUGGAAGGGCAAGCUGGGCGGAACCGGCCAGGACCUCAUCAUUGACACGCACAUGUACACCAUCUUCGACCCCAACCUGAUUGCCAUGGAGCACGCCAAGAAGAUCUCCCUCGUCUGCAACGACUGGAAGAGCAUGGUCGUGAACAGCAUGAGCGGCGCUAACGGUUUCGGCGACACCAUGGUGGGCGAAUGGUCUCAGGCCGACACCGACUGCACCCUUCACCUCAAUGGUGUCGGUGGCGGCAGCCGCUGGGAAGGUACCUUUUCGGACACGAUAGGCCGCCCUCGCUGCCCUACCGGCGACGACUCGUGCAGUUGCGACAAGGCCAACGCCGACCCCUCCACCUACACCGACGAGUACAGGCUCUUCCUCAAGACGUUCGCCAUUGCCCAGAUGGACGCCUUUGAGAAGUCGUGGGGCUGGUUCUACUGGACGUGGAAGUCCGAGUCCGCCCACCAAUGGAGCUACGAGGCCGGUCUCAAGGGCAAGUUCAUGCCCGAGAUCGCCUACAAGCGCGACUGGGACUGCUCCAAGUCUGUCCCCAGCUUUGGCAAGCUCCCGAGACGUACUAAGCAAGACGUCACGGUCGCCAACCAGAAAAAUCAAUUCCUCGCAACGCGUUCCUUUUCCUCCACGCGCCCGCGACCCACAGCUAACGCCACAUUCCUUUUUUAA